ACCCUGCCUGGUCCGCCCCGGAGCCCGCGGUGCCCGCGAGGGUCCCGCCUGGCCAGCUCUGAGCCCAGCGCUGGAUCCGGGCUCUGCCCCCUCCCCGCCCCAGCGUCCGACACCAACUUCUGCUCUUGAAGUCAGCUCUGUCCCUUCUUUUGGCCCAGGGCGACCUGGGCAGCCCUGACAGCUCAGACCCUCCCGAGUGCCCAGAAAGACGCCCGGGGGGCCCAGAGCCUCCCCACCUCUUUCUAGAUGCAGGCGCCUCAGGAAGGAGCUGGCUGAGGGCUCUGGCCUUCACCUUCCAGCCCCUGCUGACCACACCUGCUCUAGUGCAGAGCCGCAGGAGCAGGAAAUGCUGCACCAGCCUCCUUCCUUCCUCUCAGCACAGCCGGCUCCCCGGAAUCUUGGUCUGACCACCAGGAUGGCGCUGGGGCCAGCGACCGAGACCUUCGUGCUAGAGCUGCGGUGUCUUGAAGAUGGAGGCCCAGGGCCUGACACCAUCUCAGGUGGCAGUGGUGGGAGUGAGAGUCAGGAGGAAGAAGAGGCUCAGGACAGGAGCAACAGCCCCUCACGGCCAGCAGUCUCAGCCCCGAUGGAGGCCAGUGAGAUCGCUGAGGAAGCCCGGCCGGAACAGCAGGAGUCGCCACUGCGACGGUUAGAACUGCAGCCGGAGCUGCAGCAGCAGCAGCCGCCACAAAACCAGCGACCAGGACAUGCGCCAGAAUCGCAGCAGCAAGAUGAGCAAGAACAGCUGCCUCAACAACAGCAGGAACCACAGGCACAACACCAACCGCUGCAACAGCAGCCGCUGAAGCCACAACCGCUGCUGGCGCAACAGCAGGGACCGUCGCGAGAGCGACACGUGCAAGGGCCACAGCUGUCGCAGCGACAGCAGGAACAGCAGCAGCGGCAGCAGGAUGGGCAACAGCAGCCGCCUCAGCAACAACAGCAGGAACCACAGGGAAAACCGCAGUCAGUGCAGCACGAGCAGCUGAAACCACAGCUGCAGCUGCUGCAACAGCAGGGAGCGUUACAAGCACAAGUGCAAGGUCAACAGCUGUUGCGGCAGCAGCUGGAACAGUUACAACCACAGCAGCUGCUACAACAGCAGCAGUUGCGACAGCAGAAAAUGUUACUACAGCAGGAACAGUUGCAGCAGGAGCAGCAAAAGCAAGAACAGUUACAGCAACAGCAGUUACAGCAGCAGCGGGAACAGUUGCAGCAGCAGCAGUUACAGCAGCAGCAGGAACAGUUGCAGCAGCAGCAGCUGUUGCAGCAGCAGCAAGAACAGUUACAGCAGCAGCAGCUGUUGCUACAGCACCAGCAACAACAGUUACAACAUCAGCUGUUGCAGCAACAGUUGCAGCAGCAGCAGCUGUUGCAGCAGCAACGACAACAGUUACAGCAGCAGCAGCUGCAGCCCCGGCCCCUGGAGCCAGAGGAGGAGGAAGAGGUGGAGCUGGAGCUCAUGCCAGUGGACCUGGGGUCGGAGCAGGAACUCGAGCAGCAGCGACAGGAGCUGGAGCGGCAGCAGGAGCUGGAGAGACAACAGGAACAGCGGCAGCUGCAGCUCAAACUGCAGGAGCAGCUGCAGCAGCUGGAGCAGCAGCUGGAGCAGCAGCAGCAGCAGCUGGAAGAGCAGCAGGAGGUGCAGCUGGAGCUGACCCCCGUGGAGCUGGGGGCCCAGCAGCAGGAGGUGCAGCUGGAGCUGACCCCCGUGCAGCCGGAGCUGCAGCUGGAGCUGGUGCCCGCCGCAGGGGGCGCCGGGGCUUCGGGACCAGGGGCUCCAGCCGCGGUCGUGGUGGCCCCCCCGGGCUACGUGGUGCUGCAGGAGCUCAUGGUGCUGCCGGCCGUGGCCCCACCAGCAGUGGUGCCCAUCUCGGGUCGGGACAAGUCUGAGGUGCCCCUGACCCUCCCACCUAACCACAAAUCUGGGCAGCAGGAAAAGGAAUAG